GAAGCAAAGAGAAAAAAAUAUAGAAAGAAAGAAAGAUUGAAAGCUGUGAAAGAAACCACCUGACCGGAACAACAACAACAACAACAGUAGCAGAAGCAUUGAGAGGUCAGGUAGAUAAGGUUCCUCUUUCUGUUUACUAACCGUUCUCUUAACUUUGGAAUCCGGUAAACCUCAAAACAGGUCUUCGAACAACAAACAUUUGCGUUUUCAUGGUUUGAACAAGUAUGGGUAACUCACACCAAAAGCCGUCUGAUGUGACUCUAAUUACUCACCGGACUACAGUACCAUCGUCUGAACAGAAUGCCGCAUCAUUAGAUUACAAUACGUGUUUAUUAAAAUUUUUUGAGAAAUUAGAACUCACAGCUGAUGAGGGUAAUGUUUAUCCAGGAGUUUUAUCCCGGAAAGCUUUUGAGAAUACAUUCCAUGGACCGUUGAAACUGUUUGGCAAAAUUUUGUACACUCAAAUGCAGGAUGGCCAUGUUGAGAAAGACCUCAUUACAAAGGAACAAUUUGUUAAAGCUGGAAAAGAAAUACUGAAUUUACAUGAAGUAAAUGAUCAGAAGAAAUACUACUUCAGGUUAUUUGCUUUAGGUAAAGAUGUAUUAACAAAGGAUGAUAGCAGAGAUCUUGUUGUUGUUUGUUAUGCCCUGGCUUUAUCUCUGUCUUCAAUUCCAUAUUCGCAAUUUGCAAAUAGUGAAGGUUGUCUUGAAGCCAUGGUGAACAGUAUGUUUGGUAUUCAAGAAUCUAUAAGUUAUGAAGACUUUGAACGCUGGAUGGAAAAACACUGUCCACAUCUCUUUAGUAGUGUUCAUGAAUGGGUUCUCUGCAUUUUAACUGGAUCUAAGUCUCAUACAGAAGAAGUAACUACUGCAGUUCCUGAACUGGAUCAUAUUUUAAAAGGACAUUAUUUGAUCAAUAAAACAGUACUAUGGUGCAUGACAAUUUCUUUACCCGGUGUCUACAUAACAAUUCCAAAGCCUACUGAUCUGAGGACACAGCCUAGUGCUUACGCAUUUGUUUCCAGUUCAGUACAAGAUCUUCUUCAAAAAGCACGUCUUCCACAUUGCCAAACAUGGAAUCUUUUGUAUAACAGUAACGAUCAUGGUUUAUCUAUGAACAGAUUUUCCCAUCAUGUUUCAUCUUACAAAGGUUCCUGUGUUACAUUGCUUUCAUUUGAAGCUAAAAACCUUUAUUGUAUCGCAUCUGAUUGUGGCUGGAGGGAAGGAUCAAGACGUUAUGGGAAUGACCAGUGCCUUUUAAUACAGCUACUUCCCAUUUACAGAGUCAUGCAAGCUGGACCAAAUAUGCUUCUUUGGAAUGAACACAACAGAGAAAUGAAGAAAGGUAUUCAGAUAGGCCGAGAUGCCAAGUCAUUGAUUUUGGAAAUACCUUCUGAGUUUGAUUCCAUAAAACAUUAUGGUGUUACAUGUAAAUUACACAGAGUUGAAGUUUGGGGUUGUGGUGGACCUGGUGCUCUAGAAGCACAAAUAAAGCAGAAACAGUGGGAAAUCAAAGACACCCAAAAACACAGAACUAAAAAGUUUACUCUUCAUCAGAAAUCAGAGAGCUGGGAAGAUAAUCCUGACAAACAGUUACUUGAAUGGGGUGGUAUAUCGACUAAUCAUUCCUAUCGAUGAUAAAUUUAAAAAUUUUAGUGCUAUCUUUGAAAUAAACUUUUUGAUUUCUAUUUAAAUUAAA